AUGCCCAGGCCCCAGUGUCGGCGAUGCCCAGGUCCCCCAGUGUCGGAGAUGCCCAGGUCCCCCAGUGUCGGAGAUGCCCAGGUCCCAGUGUCAGAGAUGCCCAGGUCCCCCAGUGUCGGCGAUGCCCAGGUCCCCCAGUGUCGGCGAUGCCCAGGUCCCAGUGUCGGAGAUGCCCAGGUCCCCCCGUGUCAGAGAUGCCCAGGUCCCCCAGUGUCGGCGAUGCCCAGGUCCCCCAGUGUCGGCGAUGCCCAGGUCCCAGUGUCGGAGAUGCCCAGGUCCCCCCGUGUCGGAGAUGCCCAGGUCCCCCCGUGUCGGCGAUGCCCAGGUCCCCCCGUGUCGGAGAUGCCCAGGUCCCCCCGUGUCGGCGAUGCCCAGGUCCCCCCGUGUCGGCGAUGCCCAGGCCCCCGUGUCGGAGAUGCCCAGGUCCCCCCGUGUCGGCGAUGCCCAGGUCCCCCCGUGUCGGCGAUGCCCAGGUCCCAGUGUCGGAGAUGCCCAGGUCCCCCCGUGUCGGCGAUGCCCAGGUCCCCCCGUGUCGGCGAUGCCCAGGUCCCCCCGUGUCGGCGAUGCCCAGGCCCCCGUGUCGGAGAUGCCCAGGUCCCCCCGUGUCGGCGAUGCCCAGGUCCCCCAGUGUCAGAGAUGCCCAGGUCCCGGUGUCGGCGAUGCCCAGGUCCCAGUGUCGGCGAUGCCCAGGUCCCAGUGUCGGAGAUGCCCAGGUCCCCCAGUGUCGGAGAUGCCCAGGCCCCAGUGUCGGCGAUGCCCAGGUCCCAGUGUCGGAGAUGCCCAGGUCCCAGUGUCGGAGAUGCCCAGGUCCCCCCGUGUCGGCUGAUUAUCCUCUCCUUGUCGCUUUGUAAGAAGCCGAGCCAAUCACAGCAUCCGGAGCCGUGA